CGUAAGAUAUCUGCCAUGAAGAGUCUCUUACUGACACUCCUGUUGCUAAGUGUGUGACUAUGCAAACUCUCUGUUUACUCUCCGAAGAGCCUGAAGUCUGAAGUUGGGGACAAGAAGGGAGUCAUUCCAAUGUCGAUCGCUAAUUUCGGACUUGUGCCAUACGGUCAUACCAUUAUGGCUCAUAUGAAGUUUAUUGACGAUAAUGACGAAGGCUGCAAAUCUUUCGAGACAACUCUGAAAACAGAUACUGAGCAAAGCCCGGUAGUACUUGUAAGAAGAGGAGGAUGCUCCUUCGUAACCAAAGUCAGAAAUGUAGAACAUGGCGGAGGCAAAUUGGCAGUCAUCGUUGACGAAGUCGACGGUGAAUAUCCCGACCAGAUCAUCAUGGUGGACGAUGGUACUGGAAACGGCAUCCAGAUCCCAUCUGUUUUGAUCGGAAAGACUGAUGGGGAAACUUUGAUUACUAAAUAUAAAGAACUUUCUGCAGAGAAUAAGGAAAUUCAGUUGAUCGCCACUUUUGACAUCAAUAGGCCCGACGAUAGAGUUGAGUAUGAGUUCUGGUUCACUGCCUCCAAUGACAGAGGACUUGACUUUAUCAGAGACUUUAGGACUUAUCACGAAAGGCUUGGAAAGAAGUUACUUAUGAUUCCAAGAUAUUUCUCAUGGCCUUGUGUUAACUGUGAUAAAGUGAUUACUGAUGAAGAUUGUUUCUGUGAAGGAAAUUAUUGUGCAUUAGAUGAAUCUAAUCUCAGAAUUGAAGGUAGAACCAUUCUUUUAGAAGAUUUGAGGCAGAAAUGUAUAUAUCAAAACUCUUUAACAGCAAACAAGAAUGAUACUGCAUGGUGGGAUUAUGUAAUCAAGGCUCAUUCAAGAUGAUACAGUGAUUUUUCAGAAAGUUGUUCUAAACAAAUCCAUACCGAGCUCGGAAUCAGCUAUGACGAUACUAUGAAAUGUGUUAAUGCCUCUUUCACAAACGAGGAUCACAGCCUCGGUGACAACACUGUCUUAUCACAAGAAGUCAAAGCAUGGAACAACCACGGCGCCCACUACAUCCCUUCAGUCAUCAUCAACCAAGUGGCUUACAGAGGCGCCCUCGACCCAGAGAACGUGUACAGUGCAAUCUGCAAUGGAUACAAAGAUCCGCAAGAAGAGUGCAAGGCCUACAUCGACGACACGUUCAAGAAUGCAGACAAAGUCACUUUCAACUGGUUCAUCUUGGUGAUUGUGUUCUUGAUCAUCUUGAAUGUGGCUCUGCUUUUGAUCUGCAAGAGAAUCAACCAGAGGUCGAUGAAGCAGGAAGUCACUGAUGCUGUUAAUGAUUACAUGAAGCUCAGACAGACCAACCAAGAAAUGUCGGACAAAUAAUAAACACUUCUAAGAAUCAACUGUAGAAGAUUUGACAACGAUUUACCAAAAUUUUGAUCAAAUUAGCAAAAUCAAUUUUGGAUUCUGUGU